UGGACGUAGACUUUCCCUUUCACCUCGAGAGAUAGGUGCUAUAGGCUACACGUUGACUCUUCUCUUCUCUGAACAUACAUGAAGCCACACUUUAGAGUCUUCUUUGGCUGGAUUUGCCUGCUAGAGCACGUGCAUUUCGCUGCUAGAGUGGUCGAUUUAUGACAGGGAUUUCCAGAUACAACCCACUGCUCUACAAACAUCUCUGAUAUCAACCUCAAUGGCCGAGCGAUUUGAAGAGAUCUCGCCAGUCAGUGAGAACCCAGAGUGUCUCUCCACUGACAUCGGCCUCCCAAUACACCAGGGUGAUAUUCAGCAUCCCCCAACCAAGGACACACCAGGCUGUGAUGUACUCACUGUUCAUCCACACCAAGGCUUAGGCAAGGAACUGGUGGAGGCUGUAGCCCAGGACCAAGAUGGCUGCCGUUCUCAGUUACACCCGUCUGACAUUCCUCCGGUUAAACCUGAAGAGUCCCCGGACAUAGCGCACCCUACGGAGGACGGAGAAGACGAACUGGACCAGGGUCUCAGUGGAGGUCCACAGCGGCCUGGCGCAGACCCAGACACACAACCUCUCCGGGCAGACAGCAGCUGUUUAGCCACCGUCGCUGCCUCUCCAUUGACCAGUCAGAGGCCGCUGCUAGCCCUUCAUCAACCCCAUGAGUGGGCUGUGAGGCCUGAUCAGGGCCUGAGUGUAGCCCCAGACCCAUCAGGGGGUCCAACCCAAGCCCUUCCUCUGGGAAACCCCCACCCAUUAGGGACCCCGUGGAGGCUUGGGCAGGACUCGGACAGAGCCAGGGGCUACAGCACGGCAGACGCCGGGGGGUCGGGUGGCAGCCCCCCGGCGCUGGUGAUCACUCAGGCAGAGGAGUCCUGGAGAGCCGUCCCACUGAACCGGUCCCCACCAGUUGGAGAACCACGGGGACCCACCAGGCCGACAGCCCUCCCCCUCCCCGCUGGGGGGUAUGUCCCGGGAGAGCCCAGCCCCAGCUCCAGCGACGGCGGGGACAUGGCCUGCUCUGACCUCCUGUCCCUCAGGAGCGACUCCUUAUCGAUGACCAGCGACGCUGCGGCCUCCGGGAGGAGUGAGGAGAGUCCUGAUGAUGACACCAGAAGUAUGGCUAACUCCUCCGUGAUGUCUCUGUAUCCAAGGGUGCAGUUGGACCCUUUGGAGAAAGACUGGCUAAGAAGCUCUGCUUUGGGGAACAUCUGUGCACAGCGCCUGCUGCUCACCCAGGACCCGAGUCUGGCACACAAGAAGGUAGACAUCACUGUGGUCUGGUUACCAGAAGGUAGACAUCACUGUGGUCUGGUUACCAGAGGGUAGACAUCACUGUGGUCUGGUUACCAGAAGGUAGACAUCACUGUGGUCUGGUUA